AUGAUGAUGAAUCAAAUACCACAACAACAACAACAACAAACAAUUUAUAUGUCAAAUCCAGGUAUGGUUGAUAAUCAAAUGAUGUCAACUUCAUCAAAUCCAUCAUCAACAUCUAUGGCAAUGAAUACUUCUCAAUCAACAUUAUUUAAUCAUCAAAUAAGUGCAUAUAAAUAUCUUAUACGUAAUCAACCUGUACCCGAACAAAUUCUUAUGAUUAUAAAACGACAUCAUCAACAAUUCUAUCCACCGAAUGCUGUUAUAUCAAAACAACCAUCAAGUUUAUCACCAAAUCCAUCACCAAUGAUGGAUUCACGUUACAAACCACCAAUAAAUAAUAAUCUCGGUCCACGUUAUUAUGCACCUGUACAAGUAAAUGGUACAACAAAUGGAUCUAUUCAAAUUCCAUUAAUCACAGACAAUCUAACAAAUUCAAAUCCAUCAUCGUCAACACCAAAUCGUUUAAAUAAUCUUCGUAUAACAUCAGUAUCAAAACCAAUUGGUAUUGAUAUCCAAGAUGUUAUUACUGAACGUGAUAGUCGUAUACAAAAUAAUAUUUUAAUACGAAUCAAUGAACUUGAAAAAAUUCUACAAACAAUAACACAAGAACAUAUUCGUACAAGAAUUAUGAUUGAACUUAAAGCACUUAAAUUAUUAAAUUUUCAACGACAAGUUCGAUCAGAAAUAGUAACAUGUAUGCGUUUAGAUACAACACUUGAAACAGGUACAAAUGCACGAUUCUAUAAACGUCCAAAACAAUUUGGUUUACGUGAUGCACGUGCAACAGAAAAAUUAGAAAAAACACAAAAAGCUGAAAUUGAUCGUAAACGUCGACAAAAACAUCAAGAAUAUUUAACGGCUGUAUUAAACGCUGCACGAGAAUUUAAAGAAUAUCAUAAAGCAAUACAAUUAAAAACAAAUAAAUUAGGACGAUCAAUUGUAUCAUGGCAUCAAAAUACUGAACGUGAACAAAAGAAAGAACAAGAAAAACGUGAACGUGAACGUAUGCGUCGUUUAAUGAAUGAAGAUGAAGAUGGUUAUAGGAAAUUAAUUGAUGAAAAAAAAGAUAAACGUUUAGCUUAUUUAUUAUCACAAACAGAUGCAUAUAUAAUAAGUUUAGUUAAUCUUGUUAAAGAACAUCAAAAUGAUUUAAAAAAGAAGAAAGCAGAUAAAAAACCACCAAAUUUUUCUAAUGAUGAAAAAGAUUAUUUACAUGUUAGAGUUAAAAAUAUGACAACUGGGGAGAUUAGAGAUGGACAAGAUGCACCAUUAGAAUCUGAACUUGAUGUAUGGUUAGAAAAAAAUCCGGGUUGGCAAGUUUUACCCAAAGAAAAUAGUGAUGAUGAAGAAGAUGAUACAUCACUUUUACCAGAACCAACUACUCUAACAAUACCAGCACCAACAGCUGAUGAACAAGAAAAAGGUAUUGUUGAAGAUGAAACAAUUGUUAAAGAAGUUUUAACAAAAGCGAAACAAGCAACAGAAGAUGAUGAAUAUCAUACAGCAUCAUUAGAUUCCUAUUAUGCUGUUGCACAUCGAGUUAGAGAACGUGUUACAAAACAAUCUGAACUUCUUGUUGGAGGAAAACUGAAACCUUAUCAAAUACAAGGUCUUGAAUGGCUUGUUUCACUAUAUAAUAAUCAUCUUAAUGGUAUUCUUGCUGAUGAAAUGGGUCUUGGAAAGACAAUUCAAACAAUUGCACUUAUUACUUAUUUAAUGGAAGUAAAAAAAGUCAAUGGACCAUAUUUAAUUAUUGUACCAUUAUCUACAUUAGCUAAUUGGGUUAAUGAAUUUGAAAAAUGGUCACCUGGUGUUCAAACAAUUAUCUUUAAAGGUAACCCACAAGUACGUAAAAAUCUUGGUUAUCAAUUACGAAAUGGUAAAUUUAAUGUACUAUUAACAACUUAUGAAUAUGUCAUCAAAGAUAAAGCACUCUUAGCUAAAAUCAAAUGGCGUUAUAUGAUUAUAGAUGAAGGUCAUCGUAUGAAAAAUCAUCAUUGUAAAUUAACUCAAAUCCUUAAUACAUAUUAUAUAGCUCCACAUCGUUUAUUAUUAACUGGUACACCAUUACAAAAUAAAUUACCCGAAUUAUGGGCAUUAUUAAAUUUUCUUUUACCAUCCAUAUUUAAAUCAUGUACAACAUUUGAACAAUGGUUUAAUGCACCAUUUGCUACAACAUUGGAAAAAGUUGAACUUAAUCCAGAAGAAACAUUACUUAUUAUAAGACGUUUACAUAAAGUUUUACGACCAUUUCUUUUACGUCGUCUUAAAAAAGAAGUCGAAUCACAAUUACCAGAUAAAAUUGAAUAUGUUAUUAAGUGUGAUAUGUCAGCAUUACAAAGAGUUAUGUAUAAUCAUAUGCAGACAAGUGGUAUUGUUCUUACAGAAGAUAAAAAUGGUAAAAGUGGUAAUCCAAAAGCAUUAAUGAAUACUAUAAUGCAAUUACGUAAAAUCUGUAAUCAUCCAUUUAUGUUCAAUGAAUUAGAAGAAAGAAUUGGUGCACAUUUAAGUUAUACUAAUGGUGUUUGUAAUGGAUCUGAUCUUUAUCGUGCAUCAGGUAAAUUUGAAUUACUUGAUCGGAUAUUACCGAAAUUAAAAGCAACAAAUCAUCGUAUUUUACUUUUUUGUCAAAUGACAACAUUAAUGACAAUCAUGGAAGAUUAUUUUACUUAUAAAAAUUAUACAUAUUUACGUCUGGAUGGUCAAACGAAAUCUGAAGAACGUGGUGAUUUAUUAGCAAAAUUUAGUGAAAAGAAUUCUGAUAUAUUCAUUUUCUUAUUAUCAACACGUGCUGGUGGACUUGGUUUGAAUUUACAAACAGCCGAUACUGUUAUUAUAUUUGAUUCCGAUUGGAAUCCACAUCAAGAUUUACAAGCACAAGAUCGUGCACAUCGUAUAGGACAAGUUAAUGAAGUUCGUGUACUUCGUUUAAUGACAGUUAAUAGUGUUGAAGAAAAAAUCUUAGCUGCUGCUCGUUAUAAAUUAAAUGUUGAUGAAAAAGUUAUUCAAGCUGGCAUGUUUAAUAAUAAAUCAACAGGCAAUGAACGAAAACAAUUUUUACAACAAAUUCUUUUACAAGAAACAGAAGAAGGUGAAGAAGGCGAAGAAGAUGAAGUACCAGACGAUGAAAUUAUUAAUCAAAUGAUUGCACGAUCUGAAGAUGAAUAUAAUUUAUUUAAUAGAAUGGAUCGUGAACGAAGACAUGCUGAAGCAAGACUGGCAAAUCGUAAACCAAGACUCCUUGAAAUGUCAGAAUUACCUGCAUGGUUAACAAAAGAUCCAAAAGAAUUAGAAAAAGCUAUACAAGAUCAAGAAACAUUAGAUUUAUUUGGACGUGGUACGCGACAUAGAAAAGAAGUCGACUAUUCAGAUUCAUUAACAGAUAAAGAAUGGCUAAGAGCUAUUGAAGAUGGAACAUUAGGUACAACAGAUCACGAUAAAAAACGUCGACGUAAACGAAAUAUUGGUAGUAAUAUGGGUCUAGAUGAUGAUGAUGAUGAUGAUGAUGAUGGACAACAAGAUGAAAUUGAUAGUAAACAAGAUGAUAAUGAUGCCGAUGUAACACCUACAAAAGCUGGUAGACGAGUUGGUAAACGAAAAUUAAAAGAAACAAAUAAAAAAUGUUCCGAAGAUCCUAUUCCACCGAAAUUAUUGAAACAAUUAACAAAAUUAUUAGAUUUUGUUGUUAAAUAUCGAGACAAUGAGGAUAAUCGAAUAUUAAGUAAACCAUUUAUGCGUUUACCAACACAAAAAGAAUUACCUGAAUAUUAUGAAACAAUAAAACAACCAGUUGAUUUUAAUAAAAUUAAAAAAAAACUUAGUGAAAAUCGUUAUCGAAGUUUGGAUGAACUUGAAGCUGAUGUUAUGUUAUUGUGUAAAAAUGCACAAGAAUUUAAUAUGGAAAAUUCCAAUAUUUAUGAAGAUUCAAUUAUUCUCCAAUCAGUAUUUACAAAUGCACGUGAACGUAUGGAAAAAGGAGAUAUUCCAGUUAGUUCAGCUUCCGAAGAAGAAUCCGAUGAUGAUGAAUCUCUUAAAAAACGUGUCAAAAAAGAGACUAAUGUAAAAAAGAAAUCUCAAACUCAAUCCCGUACAUCUGGUAAUAGUACAGGUAGUCGACGUAAAACUCGUGUAAUGAGUGAUGAUGAAGAUAUGAUCAUGGACGAAACAAAUCAAUCAUCAUGUGGUGGCGGUGAUGAUGAUGAUGAAGAAGGAACACGUGGUUCUGGUUCGCGUCAGAAAUAA